CUCAGCAGACGCGCCACAUUUUGCCUUUCGGCAGUCUCUUUCCCGGAGGCAUUCUCGGGAAAAUCAUGCAGAAACUGAUGCGGUCCUACAUCAUGUUUUUCCACCCAGUGCUUGCGAACUUCAAGGGGCUCCUAGCGCUCUUCCUCGGUGUCCUCUGCAAGGUCCGUCUCCCGCAGCUGAUUAACGCAGUCUUUGGAGCGAUCUUCCGGGCAAAACGUCGCGCCGGGCGCUACAUCCACAAAUUCUUCUUUAAAACCAUUUCUCUCCGCAAAGACAUCACCGGGAAGAUCCUCGUUGACGAUCUAGUCAGGGGGUCGGGAGCCGUGAUGAUCACUCUGCUCUUUCAGCUCCACGGUGUUGAUAUCGAUGCCAUCAGUCGACGUGGAGGGGCCGUCGAGUCAGGCGUUCUCGCCGGCCAGGGCGUGUGGACCUUGUCCGAUGGUCUCUUCGUCGGCUUGAAGGAUUUCGGCCAACUCUUCCGAGCCUAUUUUGAACGAUACGUAAAUCUCACAUCCGCAAUCCACACCUACUGCGCAAAGCAAACGACCAACUUCUUCACAGAAACCGAACUCGAUGAAUUCUAUAACGGCGAAAACGUCGACAGAAUUCCCCCUCGUGAAAGACUGUUGGCAUGGCUCCAGAUACCUAUGGCCGCCA